CUCACUGUCGCUGGCUGCCUAGAUAGACGGGCUGUGGCUCAGUGAGCCCUGCUGCAGGGAACAAGCAAGGGAUACCCAGGAGCUCAGGGCUGCCAAGGGAAUCCCACCCUGCCCUUCCCUGAGGGCCCAGCUCCUGAGGCUGGGGAGAGAACAGGUGCAGAGCCACUGCAGUUGCUCAUUGCUCAGCCUCCUAAAUGAUGCCAGCCCAGCAUUCCCUAACCUCCAGCCUGGCCCUCCUACUGCUGCUGAGCACAGUCAGAGCAGGCCCUUUCUCUUCACGCUCCAAUAUUACACUCCCCGCCCCACGACCCCCUCCUCAGCCAGGGGGCCGCACAGCAGCACCAAGAGGGGCGAACCCCACUUCUCAGCUUUAUGAGCACACUGUAGAAGGAGGGGAAAAGCAGGUGGUAUUCACCCACCGCAUUAACCUGCCCCCUUCAACUGGCUGUGGCUGUCCCCCAGGCACUGAGCCCCCAGUCUCUGCUUCAGAAGUGCAGUCCUUGAAGGUCCGUCUAGAGAUCCUGGAGGAGCUGGUGAAGGGGCUCAAGGAACAGUGCACAGGGGGAUGUUGUCCUGCUGCUGCCCAGGCUGGCACAGGCCAGACUGACGUCCGUAGCCUCUGCAGUCUUCAUGGCAUAUUUGACUUGAGCCGCUGUGCCUGCUCCUGCGAGCCAGGCUGGGGUGGGCCAACCUGCUCAGACCCCGUAGACGCUGGAGUGUCCCCUUCCUCUCCACCUUCUGCUUCCGGGUCCUGUCCCGAUGACUGCAACGAUCAGGGGCGCUGUGUCCGCGGUCACUGCGUGUGCUUCCCUGGCUACACCGGCCCCAGCUGUGGCUGGCCCUCCUGCCCCGGGGACUGCCACGGACGCGGGCGCUGCGUGCAGGGCGUGUGCGUGUGCCGGUUGGGCUUCUCGGGUGACGACUGCAGUCUGCGCUCAUGCCCUCGAGGCUGCAGCGAGAGGGGGCGCUGUGAGGAUGGGCGCUGCGUCUGUGACCCUGGUUACACGGGCGAAGACUGUGGCUCGAGGACUUGCCCUUGGAACUGUGGCGAAGGUGGGCGCUGCGUGGACGGUCGCUGCGUAUGUUGGCCCGGGUACGCGGGUGAGGACUGCAGCACACGGACUUGCCUGCACGACUGCCGGGGCCGCGGGCGCUGCGAGGACGGAGAAUGUAUCUGCGACGCCGGCUACAGCGGGGACGAUUGCGGAGUGCGAAGCUGCCCCAGCGACUGCAAUCAAAGAGGCCACUGUGAGGAUGGCCGCUGCGUGUGCUGGCCAGGGUACACGGGCCCUGAUUGCGGUGCGCGUGCCUGCACGCGCAACUGUCGGGGCCGCGGGCGUUGUGAGAAGGGCGUGUGCGUGUGCAACGCAGGCUACAGUGGCGAAGAUUGCGGCGUGCGCAGCUGUCCUGGGGACUGUCGCGGCCGGGGUCGUUGCGAAAGUGGCCGGUGCGUGUGUUGGCCUGGGUAUACAGGCCGGGACUGCGGCACGCGCGCCUGUCCUGGCAACUGUCGAGGGCGUGGGCGUUGUAUGGAUGGUCGCUGCGUGUGCAACCCGGGCUUCACGGGCGAGGACUGCGGGAGCCGUCAGUGCCCAGGUGAUUGUCGCGGUCACGGCCGCUGCGAGAAUGGCGUGUGUGUGUGCGACAUAGGCUACGAGGGAGAGGACUGCAGCUCACUCAGCUGCCCGGGAGGUUGCCGAGGCCAUGGCCAGUGCCUAGACGGACGCUGUGUGUGUGAUGACGACUACUCAGGCGACGACUGCGGCGUGAGGCGGUGCCCGGGAGACUGCAGCCAGCGCGGCACGUGCCAGGACGGUGCGUGCACCUGUUGGGAGGGCUACGCUGGAGAGGACUGCAGCCUCCGUACCUGCCCCUCCAACUGCCACCAGCGUGGCCGCUGUGAUAAUGGGCGCUGCGUGUGCUACUCAGGCUACACUGGCCCUUCCUGCUCCACCCGCACCUGCCCGGCCAACUGCCGGGGCCAUGGGCACUGUGUGCAGGGAUCAUGCGUGUGCCACGCGGGCUACAGUGGGGAGGACUGUGGACAGGAAGAGCCUCCUGCCAGCACCUGCCCUGGGGGCUGCGGACCUCGGGAACUGUGCCGCGCAGGCCAAUGUGUAUGCGUUGAGGGCUUCCAUGGCCCGGACUGCGCCAUCCAGACAUGCCCGGAGGGCUGCCGUGGCCGAGGAGAGUGUCAUGAGGGCAGCUGCAUCUGCCAAGAGGGCUAUGCAGGAGAGGACUGCGGAGAAGAGGUGCCAGCCAUUGAGGGCAUGAGGAUGCACCUCCUGGAGGAGACGGCGGUUCGGACAGAGUGGACCAGGGCUCCUGGCCCUGUGGAUGCCUAUGAAAUUCAGUUCACCCCCACGACAGAGGGGGCGAGUCCACCAUUCACCACGCGGGUGUCCAGCUCUGCUUCAGCCUAUGACCAGAGAGGACUGGCCCCUGGUCAGGAGUACCAGGUCACUGUCCGCGCCCUUCGAGGGACUAACUGGGGCCCUCCUGUGUCCAAGACCAUCACCACCAUGAUCGAUGGCCCGCAAGACCUCCGGGUGGUGACCGUGACUCCAACCACGCUGGAGCUCAGCUGGCUGCACCCCCAGGCCGAGGUGGACCGAUUUGUGGUGUCCUAUGUCAGUGCUGGCAACCAGAGGGUGCGGCUGGAAGUGCCAGCUGAGGCAGACGGGACACUGCUGACUGACCUGAUGCCAGGCGUGGAAUAUGUAGUGACUGUCACCGCAGAGCGGGGCCGGGCAGUAAGCUACCCAGCUUCUGUCAGGGCUAACACAGCACCAGGCCACUACAGUUACCCGGAGGUGCGCCCCCCAGCCCCGCCCCCCAAACCACGGCCCCGGCCGGCUCCGCGGCCCCCUAGGCCCGCUAGGCCCCAUCAGCCUGCGGAGGAGGGUCAGGAGGAGCCUGGGCCUGGGCCUAACCUGCCCCGGCCCCCUCGGCGGCCGUGGGGCAACCUGACAGCAGAGCUGGGCCGCUUCCGCGGCACGGUGCAGGACCUGGAGCGCCGCCUGCGGGCUCACGGCUACCCGCUGAGGGCCAACCAGACCUACGCGUCCGUAGCGCGCCACAUCCACGAAUACUUGCAGCGGCGUCUGGCGGCUUCUGCCCCCACCGGAUCUCCCGCACCCCCGCCCCGUCGGCCCUACCCCACCGUCAGCCCCGACUCCGGCACCUGGAAGUGGGACUCCAACCAGGGCAUCUAUGGCCUCUUACCUGAAGGCGUCGAUGGGAUGGUGGUGCCCCGCCACCCCAAGCCCGAGGUGCUGGGCAGUUCCGCCAACGGCUCACUACUCGUGUCCCUCGAUGGGCUCCGCGGCCACUUCGAGCGAGUGGUGCUGCGCUGGCAGCCCCAGCCGCCUGCAGACGGCCCCCGCGGGGAGCUGACUGUGCCUGGCACCACGCGCACCGUCACCCUGCCCGACCUAAGGCCCGCCACCACCUAUCACGUGGAGGUCCACGGGGUGCGGGCAGGGCAGACCUCCAAGUCCUACGCCUUCAUCACCACCACAGGACCCUCCCCCUCGGGCUUCUUGGGAGCCACUGAUGAGCCUCCCCACUCAGGCCCUUCAACAACUCAAGGGGCUCAGGCCCCUGUCCUGCAGCAGCGCCCCCAGGAGCUGGGAGAGUUGAAGGUGCUGGGCAGAGACAAGACUGGACGCCUCCAUGUGGCCUGGACAGCCCAGCCUGACACCUUUGCCCACUUCCAGCUGCGCCUCUGGGUCCCUGAUGGUCCAGGGCCACAUGACGAACUGCUGCCAGGGGACGUCCGCCAGGCGCGGGUGCCCUCACCCCCUCCUGGAGCCCCCUAUGAGCUGUCACUUCGUGGGGUUCCCCCUGAGGGCGAGCCUUCUGCCCCUCUCAUCUAUCAAGGCAUUAUGGACAGGGAUGGGGAAAAGCCUGGGAAGCCCUUGGCCCCACCGCGCCUGGGUGAGCUGCGAGUGACAGAUGUGACCUCCAGCUCCCUGCUCCUGCACUGGAUGGUCCCUGAGGGCGAGUUCGACUCCUUCAUGAUCCAGUACAAAGACAGGAACGGGCCCCACGUGGUGCCUGUGGAGGGGCCCCAACGCUCGGCCCUCAUCACCAACCUGGACGAGGGCCGCAAGUACAAAUUUGUCCUGUAUGGGUUUGUGGGCAAGAAGAGGCAUGGCCCCCUGGUGGCUGAAGCCAAGAUCUUGCCUCAGAGCGAUCCCAGCCUAGCGAUCCCACCCCGUCUUGGAACAUUAUGGGUGACAGAUCCCACCCCAGACUCACUGCACCUCUCCUGGACGGUCCCUGAGGGCCAGUUCGACUCCUUCGUGGUCCAAUACAGGGACAGGGAUGGACGGCCCCAAGUGGUGCCUGUGGAAGGACCUGAGCGCUCGGUCACUGUCUACCCCCUGGACCCUGACCAUAAGUACAGAUUCACUCUGUUUGGCAUUGCAAACAAGAAGCGGCACGGCCCCCUCACGGCUGAUGGCAGCACUGCCCCUCAGGAGGCUGUGGAAGAGAUACGAAGCCCCACAGAUCCUGGUACACAGACGCUGAAGCCCAACGAGGAGCCCCUCCUUGGGGAGCUGACGGUGACAGGGUCCUCCCCGGACUCGCUGAGCCUCUCCUGGACCGUGCCCGAGGGACAGUUUGACCACUUCCUGGUCCAGUACAAGAACGGGGACGGGCAGCCCAAGGCGCUGCGGGUGCCGGGACACGAGGACGGGGUCACCGUCUCGGGCCUGGAGCCAGACCACAAGUACAAGAUGAACCUGUAUGGCUUCCACGACGGCCAGCGCCAGGGCCCCGUCUCCGCCGUCGGGGUGACGGCUGCAGAGGAAGAGACGCCCAGCCCCACGGAACCCAGCACGGAGGCCGCCCCAGAGCCCCCCGAGGAGCCCCUCCUGGGGGAGCUGACAGUGACAGGAUCCUCCCCGGACUCGCUGAGCCUCUCCUGGUCCGUCCCCCAGGGCCACUUCGACUCCUUCACCGUCCAGUACAAGGACAGGGACGGGCGGCCCCAGGCGGUGCGUGCCGGGGGUGAGGAGAGAGAGGUCACCGUGCGGGGCCUGGAGCCGGGGCGCAAGUACAAGAUGCACCUGUACGGCCUGCACGGGGGCCGGCGCGCGGGCCCCGUGUCCACUGUGGGCCUGACUGCGCCACAACUAGAAGAGACUCCUGCAGCCACCAACCCUCCCCUGGAGCCACACCUGGGGGUCCUGACAGUGACAGAUGUGACCCCCACCUCCAUGGGCCUCGUGUGGACAGUCCCUGAGGGCCAGUUUGACUCCUUCAUGGUCCAGUACAAGAACAGGGAUGGGGAGCUCCAGGUCAUUCCUGUGGCCGCAGACCAGCAUGAGGCCACUAUCACUGGCCUGGAACCUGCACACAAAUACAGGAUGCACAUCUAUGGGCUCCAUGGUGGGCAGCGCAUAGGCCCUCUCUCUGUGGUAGCUGCGACGGCUGCCCAAGGCGAUGCCAGCCCAGGGGCCACGCCCUCCCUCGGGGAGCUGUGGGUGACAGACCCUACCACGGACUCACUGCACCUCUCCUGGACAGUCCCUGAGGGCCACUUCGACUCCUUUGUAGUCCAGUUCAAGGACAGGGAUGGGCCCCGGAUAGUGCCCGUGGCAGGUCAUGAACGCUCCGUCACCAUCACCCCCCUGGACAGCGGCCGCAAGUACAGAUUCCUCCUCUAUGGCCUCCUGGGCAAGAAACGCCACGGCCCCCUCACCGCUGAUGGUACCACAGAGACCCAGGGUGCUGUGGAUGAUGCUAGAACAAAGCGUCCCCCAAAACCCCAUCUGGGAGAGGAGCUACAGGUGACCAGCGUGACACCGGACUCCGUGGGCCUUGCGUGGACGGUCCCUGAGGGCCAGUUUGACUCCUUCGUGGUCCACUACAAGGACAGAGACGGGCAGCCCCAGGUGGUGCCCGUGGAGGGCAGCCUCAGGGAGGUCAGGGUCUCGGGCCUGGACUCCUCCCGCAGGUACAAGCUGCUUCUCUAUGGGCUGCAUGAUGGCCGGCGUGUGGGGCCCAUCGCUGCGGUCGCUGUGACUGCCCCUAGGGAAGAAAUCGGAGCUGAAGCCACGGCCCCAAACCCUCCACAGUCUGAGCCACAUCUUGGGGAGCUGACCGUGAAUGAGGCCACCCCACACACGUUAAACCUCUCCUGGACGGUCACUAAGGGAGAAUUUGACUCCUUCGAGGUCCAGUACAUAGACAAGGAUGGGCAACUCCAAGUUGUCAGGGUAGGGGGCAACCGGAAUGACAUCACCCUCUCUGGACUGGAAUCCAACCGCAGAUACCUGGUGAAUGUGUACGGUCUCCAUGGCCAGCAGCGUCUCGGUCCUAUCCAGGUGGAAUCCCUGACAGUCCCAAGGAAAGAAGAGGGUAAACCUUCAGAACCUUCCACCGUGACCCCCGAGCCACCCAUCAAGCCGCGCCUGGGGGAGCUGACGGUGACAGGGUCCUCCCCGGACUCGCUGAGCCUCUCCUGGACCGUGCCCGAGGGACAGUUUGACCACUUCCUGGUCCAGUACAAGAACGGGGACGGGCAGCCCAAGGCGCUGCGGGUGCCGGGACACGAGGACGGGGUCACCGUCUCGGGCCUGGAGCCAGACCACAAGUACAAGAUGAACCUGUAUGGCUUCCACGACGGCCAGCGCCAGGGCCCCGUCUCCGCCGUCGGGGUGACGGCUGCAGAGGAAGAGACGCCCAGCCCCACGGAACCCAGCACGGAGGCCGCCCCAGAGCCCCCCGAGGAGCCCCUCCUGGGGGAGCUGACAGUGACAGGAUCCUCCCCGGACUCGCUGAGCCUCUCCUGGUCCGUCCCCCAGGGCCACUUCGACUCCUUCACCGUCCAGUACAAGGACAGGGACGGGCGGCCCCAGGCGGUGCGUGCCGGGGGUGAGGAGAGAGAGGUCACCGUGCGGGGCCUGGAGCCGGGGCGCAAGUACAAGAUGCACCUGUACGGCCUGCACGGGGGCCGGCGCGCGGGCCCGGUGUCCACUCUGGGCCUGACUGCUCCCCAGGUGGAUGAGGAUGAGACUCCCUUCCCCACUGAAGUGGAUGAGACCUCCAGCCCCACGGAACCCAGCACGGAGGCCGCCCCAGAGCCCCCCGAGGAGCCCCUCCUGGGGGAGCUGACAGUGACAGGAUCCUCCCCGGACUCGCUGAGCCUCUCCUGGUCCGUCCCCCAGGGCCACUUCGACUCCUUCACCGUCCAGUACAAGGACAGGGACGGGCGGCCCCAGGUGGUGCGUGCCGGGGGUGAGGAGAGAGAGGUCACCGUGCGGGGCCUGGAGCCGGGGCGCAAGUACAAGAUGCACCUGUACGGCCUGCACGGGGGCCGGCGCGCGGGCCCGGUGUCCACUCUGGGCCUGACUGCUCCCCAGGUGGAUGAGGAUGAGACUCCCUUCCCCACUGAAGUGGAUGAGACCUCCAGCCCCACGGAACCCAGCACGGAGGCCGCCCCAGAGCCCCCCGAGGAGCCCCUCCUGGGGGAGCUGACAGUGACAGGAUCCUCCCCGGACUCGCUGAGCCUCUCCUGGUCCGUCCCCCAGGGCCACUUCGACUCCUUCACCGUCCAGUACAAGGACAGGGACGGGCGGCCCCAGGCGGUGCGUGCCGGGGGUGAGGAGAGAGAGGUCACCGUGCGGGGCCUGGAGCCGGGGCGCAAGUACAAGAUGCACCUGUACGGCCUGCACGGGGGCCGGCGCGUGGGCCCCGUGUCCACUGUGGUCCUGACUGCUCCAGAUUACGAAGCUGGGCCCACCCAAGUUCCGCCCACCCUGACCCCCGAGCCUCCCAUCAAGCCGCGCCUGGGGGAGCUGACGGUGACAGGGUCCUCCCCGGACUCGCUGAGCCUCUCCUGGACCGUGCCCGAGGGACAGUUUGACCACUUCCUGGUCCAGUACAAGAACGGGGACGGGCAGCCCAAGGCGCUGCGGGUGCCAGGACACGAGGACGGGGUCACCGUCUCGGGCCUGGAGCCAGACCACAAGUACAAGAUGAACCUGUAUGGCUUCCACGACGGCCAGCGCCAGGGCCCCGUCUCCGCCGUCGGGGUGACGGCUGCAGAGGAAGAGACGCCCAGCCCCACGGAACCCAGCACGGAGGCCGCCCCAGAGCUCCCCGAGGAGCCCCUCCUGGGGGAGCUGACAGUGACAGGAUCCUCCCCGGACUCGCUGAGCCUCUCCUGGUCCGUCCCCCAGGGCCACUUCGACUCCUUCACCGUCCAGUACAAGGACAGGGACGGGCGGCCCCAGGCGGUGCGUGCCGGGGGUGAGGAGAGAGAGGUCACCGUGCGGGGCCUGGAGCCGGGGCGCAAGUACAAGAUGCACCUGUACGGCCUGCACGGGGGCCGGCGCGUGGGCCCCGUGUCCACUGUGGGCCUGACUGCCCCCGAAGAGGAACCCCCAGGCAGCCCCCCUUUGAAGCCGCGCCUGGGGGAGCUGACGGUGACAGGGUCCUCCCCGGACUCGCUGAGCCUCUCCUGGACCGUGCCCGAGGGACAGUUUGACCACUUCCUGGUCCAGUACAAGAACGGGGACGGGCAGCCCAAGGCGCUGCGGGUGCCGGGACAUGAGGACGGGGUCACCGUCUCGGGCCUGGAGCCAGACCACAAGUACAAGAUGAACCUGUAUGGCUUCCACGACGGCCAGCGCCAGGGCCCCGUCUCCGCCGUCGGGGUGACGGCUGCAGAGGAAGAGACGCCCAGCCCCACGGAACCCAGCACGGAGGCCGCCCCAGAGCUCCCCGAGGAGCCCCUCCUGGGGGAGCUGACAGUGACAGGAUCCUCCCCGGACUCGCUGAGCCUCUCCUGGUCCGUCCCCCAGGGCCACUUCGACUCCUUCACCGUCCAGUACAAGGACAGGGACGGGCGGCCCCAGGCGGUGCGUGCCGGGGGUGAGGAGAGAGAGGUCACCGUGCGGGGCCUGGAGCCGGGGCGCAAGUACAAGAUGCACCUGUACGGCCUGCACGGGGGCCGGCGCGUGGGCCCGGUGUCCACUGUGGGCCUGACUGUCCCAGACACAAAACCUUCUCCUCACCUGGGGGAGCUGACAGUGACGAAUGUGACCCCAGACUCAGUGGCCCUCUCGUGGGUGGUCCCCCAGGGCAAAUUUGACUCCUUUGUGGUCCAGUACAAGGACAGGAACGGGCAGCCCCAGGUGGUGCCUGUGGCUGCAGACCAGCUGGAGGUCACUGUCAGCGGCCUGGAUCCCAACACGAAGUACAAGUUCCUGCUCUACGGUCUGGCAGGCAAGAAGAAGUUGGGCCCCGUCUCUGCUGACGGCACCACAGCUCCCCUGGAGAAGGAGUGGCAGCCCCUACCCCACCUAGGGGAGCUGGCAGUGACAGAUGAGACCCCGCACUCCGUGCGCCUUACAUGGAGAGUGGCCCAGGGCCACUUUGACUCCUUCAUGGUCGAGUACAGGGACACAAACGGGCAGCCCCGGGCAGUGCCUGUGGCUGCAGAUCAGCAGGAGGCCACCAUAGGUGGCUUGGAGCCUGGCAGGAAAUACAAGUUCCUGCUGCACGGGAUCCUAGAAGGACAACGCCUGGGCCCUGUCUCUGUCCUGGGAAUGACAGCCCCAGAAGAGGCUCCCGAGCCCCCGGAAGGGCCCCGUUUGGGGGUGCUGACAGUGACUGACAGGACCCCGGACUCCCUGCACCUCUCAUGGACAGUGGCCCAGGGCCCCUUUGACUCCUUUGUGGUGCAGUAUUGGGACACAGACAGGCAGUCCCAGGCCUUGCUUGUGGGUGGUGACCAGAACAAGGUCCUUGUGUCCAGCCUGGAACCGAGCACCCCCUACAAGUUCUUUCUCUACGGCCUCCAUGAAGGGAAGCGUCUCGGCCCUGUCUCAGCUGAGGGCACCACAGGGUCAGCUCCUGCCGGUCAGACCCCAGGGGAGCUGGGGCCCCGGCUCUCCCAGCUGUCUGUGACUGAUGUGACCACCAGUUCUCUGCGGCUCAACUGGGAGGCCCCCUCUGGGGCCUUCGACUCCUUCCUGCUUCGCUAUGGGGUCCCAUCAGCAAGCACUCUGGAGCCCCAUCCGCGUCCCUUGCUGCAGCGGGAGAUGACAGUGCCAGGGACACGGCGCUCGGCUGUGCUUCGGGACCUGCGUCCCGGGACCCUGUACAGCAUUACACUGUACGGCCUGCGUGGGCCCCACAAUGCUGACAGCGUGCAGGGCACUGCCCGCACACUGAGCCCAGUUCUGGAGAGCCCCCGUGACCUCCAGUUCAGCGAAAUUGGGGAGACCUCAGCCAAGGUCAGCUGGAUGCCCCCACCGUCCAGAGUUGACAGCUUCAAAGUGUCCUACCAACUGGCGGAAGGAGGGGAGCCACAGAGUGUGCAAGUGGACAGCCAGGCGUGGACCCAGAAACUCAAGGGGCUGGUCCCAGGUGCUCACUAUGAGGUGACGGUCGUGUCUGUCCGAGGCUUUGAGGAGAGCGAGCCUCUCACAGGCUUCCUCACUACUGUUCCUGAUGGCCCCACCCAACUGCGAGCACUGAACUUGACAGAGGGAACAGCCAUGCUACACUGGAAGCCCCCUCAGGCUCCUGUGGACACAUAUGACAUCUGGGUCACAGCCCCAGGCACCCCCCGCCUACAGGCUUCAGCCCCGGGCAGCGCUGUGGACUACCCUUUGCACGGCCUCAUGCUCCACACCAACUACACAGCCACCGUGCAUGGCCUUCGGGGCCCCAACCUCACCUCUCCAGCCAGCAUCACCUUCACUACAGGGUUGGAGGGUCCCCGGGACUUGGAAGCCAAGGAAGUAACCCCCCGCACAGCCCUGCUUGUUUGGACAGAGCCCCAAGUCCCACCAACUGGCUACCUGCUCACCUAUGACACCCCUGGUGGACAGACCCAGGAGAUCUUGCUCCCAGGAGGCAUCACCUCUCACCAGCUCCUGGGCCUCUUUCCCUCCACCACCUACAGAGCCUGGCUCCGGGCUGUGUGGGGCGAGAGCCUCACGCCGCCCAUGUCCACUUCCUUCACCACUGGUGGACUGCGGAUCCCCUUCCCCCGGGACUGUGGGGAGGAGAUGCAGAAUGGGGCCGGCACCUCCAGGACCACCACCAUCUUCCUCAACGGCAAUCGCGAGCGGCCACUGAAUGUGUUUUGUGACAUGGCGACUGAUGGGGGCGGCUGGCUGGUGUUCCAGCGCCGCAUGGAUGGACAGACGGACUUCUGGAGGGACUGGGAAGACUAUGCCCAUGGUUUCGGGAACAUCUCCGGGGAGUUCUGGCUGGGCAACGAGGCCCUGCACAGCCUGACGAGAGCUGGCGACUACUCUAUGCGCGUGGACCUGCGGGCUGGGGACGAGGCAGUGUUCGCCCAGUACGACUCUUUCCGGGUAGACUCAGCCUCGGAGUACUACCGCCUCCACCUGGAGGGCUACCAUGGCACGGCAGGGGACUCCAUGAGCUACCACAGCGACAGUGUCUUCUCUGCCCGAGACCGAGACCCCAACAACUUGCUCAUCUCCUGUGCCGUCUCCUACCGAGGGGCUUGGUGGUACAGAAACUGCCACUAUGCCAACCUCAAUGGGCUCUACGGGAGCACAGUGGACCACCAGGGAGUGAGCUGGUACCACUGGAAGGGCUUCGAGUUCUCUGUGCCCUUCACGGAAAUGAAGCUGAGACCCAGAGGCUACCGCGCCCCUGCCUGGGGAGGCUGAGCCUCGGCUCACCUCUCCCGCGCAGGUAAGACUGCCGAGCACUGAGGGGCCGCGAGGCGAGAAGAAUCAGGGCCCGUCUUCACCACCCAUCCACCAGAGGGAGCCUUCUCCACCGCGAUCUCACAGCACUAUGUUUACAGGGGGGAGGGAGGAUAGUAUCGAACAAUAAAAGGAGACACUGAGGC